AAUGCAUUGUGGGCUCGCCGGGAGCCUCGGAGUCGAACCUGAAUGAAAGUGGCGCGCCGCUGAGGAGCCGGGUGGGGCGGCUGGCGCCGGGGUUCGGGCCACUGGCUCCAGAGCGGUCGGCUAGGUGGCGGUGUGCGGCGCAGACAUGGCUUACAACAAGAUCCCGCCGCGGUGGCUGAACUGUCCGCGGCGCGGCCAGCCGGUGGCAGGAAGAUUCUUACCUCUGAAGACAAUGCUGGGGCCAAGAUAUGAUAGUCAAGUUGCUGAAGAGAACCGGUUUCAUCCCAGCAUGCUCUCAAAUUAUCUAAAGAGUCUGAAGGUUAAAAUGAGCUUGUUGGUGGAUCUGACAAAUACUUCAAGGUUCUAUGACAGAAAUGACAUAGAAAAAGAAGGAAUCAAGUAUAUCAAACUUCAGUGUAAAGGACAUGGUGAAUGCCCCACGACUGAGAAUACUGAGACAUUCAUUCGCCUGUGUGAGAGGUUUAAUGAAAGAAGCCCACCUGAACUUAUAGGUGUUCACUGUACCCAUGGCUUCAACCGGACCGGUUUCCUCAUAUGUGCCUUUUUGGUGGAGAAGAUGGAUUGGAGUAUUGAAGCAGCAGUUGCUACAUUUGCCCAAGCCAGACCACCAGGAAUCUAUAAGGGUGAUUAUUUGAAGGAACUUUUUCGUCGCUAUGGUGAUAUAGAAGAAGCACCACCACCACCUGUCUUGCCAGAUUGGUGUUUUGAGGAUGAUGAUGAAGAUGAUGAGGAUGAAGAUGGAAAAAAGGACUCAGAACCAGGGUCAAGUGCUUCCUUUGGUAAAAGGAGAAAAGAACGGUUAAAACUGGGUGCUAUUUUCUUGGAAGGUAUAACUGUUAAAGGUGUAACUCAAGUAACAACUCAACCAAAGUUAGGAGAAGUACAGCAGAAAUGUCAUCAGUUCUGUGGCUGGGAAGGGUCUGGGUUUCCUGGAGCACAGCCUGUUUCCAUGGACAAGCAAAAUAUUAGACUUUUAGAACAGAAGCCAUAUAAAGUAAGCUGGAAAGCAGAUGGUACUCGUUACAUGAUGUUGAUUGAUGGCACAAAUGAAGUUUUUAUGAUUGACAGAGAUAAUUCAGUGUUUCAUGUUUCAAACCUGGAAUUUCCAUUUCGUAAAGACCUCCGCAUGCAUUUAUCAAAUACCCUUUUGGAUGGGGAAAUGAUCAUUGACAAAGUAAAUGGACAGGCUGUUCCAAGAUACUUGAUAUAUGACAUAAUUAAAUUCAAUGCACAACCUGUUGGAGAUUGUGAUUUUAAUAUUCGCCUGCAGUGUAUUGAACGUGAAAUCAUAAGUCCACGACAUGAAAAAAUGAAGACUGGGCUCAUUGACAAAACACAGGAACCAUUUAGUGUGAGACCUAAACAAUUUUUUGACAUCAAUAUUUCAAGAAAGCUCCUGGAAGGAAAUUUUGCCAAAGAAGUCAGCCAUGAGAUGGAUGGACUUAUUUUUCAGCCUAUUGGAAAAUACAAACCUGGUCGAUGUGAUGAUAUUUUGAAAUGGAAACCUCCCAGUCUGAACUCUGUGGAUUUUCGACUUAAGAUAACAAGAAUGGGAGGAGAAGGGUUGCUUCCACAGAAUGUUGGCCUUCUCUAUGUUGGAGGUUAUGAAAGACCCUUUGCACAAAUCAAGGUGACAAAAGAACUAAAACAGUACGACAACAAAAUUAUAGAAUGCAAAUUUGAGAACAACAGCUGGGUCUUUAUGAGACAGAGAAUAGACAAAAGUUUCCCAAAUGCCUACAACACAGCCAUGGCUGUGUGCAACAGCAUCUCGAACCCUGUCACCAAGGAGAUGCUGUUUGAGUUCAUUGACAGAUGUGCAGCAGCUGCCCAAGGACAGAAGCGAAAGUAUCCCCUGGACCCUGACACAGAGCUCAUGCCACCCCCACCUCCCAAGAGACUGCACCGGCCAACCUAGUCCCUGCCUCUGACCUCAUGCUCAAGAGGAAAGAAGAGUGAGAAGAAUGCUGUUGCUUCAUUUACACAGCCAGAGAAAUUAAAGAGACAGUUGUGGCUUGGUACUGACACAUGUGUUUUAAGGGAAGACAUGUAGCCAACCUGUAUAUAUUUGGUACAUUUGGUUUCUCAGAAAUACAGUACAUCAUGGACCUAAAUAUUUUAUUUAUACCUGAUAAAUUCAGCCUUACCUUUUAGAGUCUGAAGAUUGAAAUAUCCAAAGGUUUAAAUCAAAUUGAAGUCAAUGAGAUAGAGGCCUUGUUUGUAUGUGAAUAGAUACCUUUACAUUUGAUUCGUAACUAGCAAUCUGAAAUUGUGAGCUCAUUGAGUUUUUUAGAAGUUGGAUUUUAAGUUUUUCUCCUAAAAAUGUAGGCAGUGGCAUCAGAAAUUCUUGCUGUCACUUAUCAUGGAUUUCCUAUAUUUCUGAAUUUUCUAUAUUCUGAACAAUGACAAGGUCAAACAUUAUGUACAUUAAACAUUUUGGUCUGGCUAUACCAUUUUGUGUGUGUGUGUGUGUGUGUUGUGUGUGUGUGUGUGUUUGUGUGUCUGUGUCUGUGUGUCUGUGUAUGUGU